GAAAAAAAGUGCUUCGGGCGUGGAACAUCUCGUUAUUAUUUUUUUUAUUAAAUAUUAUUUUGUCUGACUUCUGUACGAACAAAAAUAAAAGAAAAAAACUAUAAAUUCGAAUUUCUGUGCAAUUUAAAACACCGGAAGCUCAAAAACCAUGUCCAAGCACCAAAAUAACGGAGGUCCUGGCCAGACGCAAACCUACAAAUUGGUUGUCGUCGGCGGAGGUGGUGUGGGCAAGUCUGCAAUAACAAUACAAUUUAUUCAGAGUUACUUCGUUACUGACUAUGAUCCCACAAUUGAAGAUUCGUACACAAAGCAAUGUGUUAUCGAUGACAUUCCUGCAAAAUUGGACAUUCUUGACACAGCUGGCCAGGAAGAAUUUAGUGCAAUGCGUGAACAAUACAUGCGGUCUGGUGAGGGAUUUCUUCUUGUAUUCUCGCUGAACGAUCAUUCCAGCUUUGAUGAGAUUCCCAAAUUCCAAAAACAAAUAUUACGAGUCAAGGACAGAGAUGAAUUUCCCAUGUUGAUGGUUGGUAAUAAAUGUGAUUUAGAACAUCAACGGCAAGUGUCACUGGAAGAGGCACAAAAUAUUAGUCGAAGUUUAAUUAUGCCAUAUAUUGAGUGUAGUGCGAAAUUGCGAGUAAAUGUUGACCAAGCAUUUCACGAAUUAGUUCGUAUUGUUCGUAAAUUUCAAAUCAACGAACGGCCAUUUAUGGAGGAAAACUAUAAAAGGAAAAACAAGAAAAAAUGUUGUUUGUUUUAAGACAAAACAGAAUACAUACAACAAAAAAAUAUAUAGUAAAACAAAAAGAGGGAAAAGUAUUAAGGAAUCGAAAAGUUUGCGUGUAAGUUACGUAGACAAAUUUUAUAUUAAAAAACAAAAA